AUGUUAGUAGGUACUAUAGUUAUGGUAGAUACGAGGAAUACGUUGGAUUCGAUUUUGUCAAAGACCUACUCAAGCUUGGUAUGUCGGGAAAAUCACGGCUUCGGCAAUAACCGCAUUCUCUCUCCGAGUACAGGCGUAGAUGAUGAAAUCCGCAAUGUCCUGAGCAACCAAGGGCUCCUUGUCCUUGUAAACAUCGUCGGCUUUGGCCUGGUCUCCUUUGAAUCUGACGAGAGAAAACUCAGUUUUGACUGCACCAGGAGCGACCUCAAUGACUCUAAUCUUGGUAUCGGUGAGUUCUUUUCUCAAACUUCUACUGAAAAAUUUCACGGCGGCUUUGGUGGAGCAGUAAAUAGCUCCUCCUGGGUACGGAUUUCUGCCUGCGAUCGAUCCGAUGUUCACAAUAUCUCCUCUGUUUCUCUUCUUCAUUCCAGGCAAGAUCUCUUGGGUCAGCGUGAAGAGUCCAAGAAUGUUGGUGUCCAGCAUUGUCUCAAUGUCCGAGACAUCAAUCUCCCCAACGGGAUCUCUUCCCAGGGCAAGACCAGCAUUGUUAACCAAAACAUCAACCUCGGCAAAUUCAGUUGGAAUUGA